CUCUCGCCCGCACACAGCUCACACACACCAGCACGCGCUCACUGACGAAAAACACAUCAGCGAAUAGAGAUUUGGAGAAAAUCGACCAGCAGCGUUUAUUAUUUUGUUUUUUUUGUUCUGUUUUUUCCUCGCGGCGCGCGAUGCCUUUGUGGCCGCUCUCGCGCUCCUGCUGGCCUCGGCGCGGCGGAAAGUCCAGUUCGGCUUUUCCGCGGAGCUCCAAAAAUCUAUGAAAUGUGUUUGCAUGUUCGCCUCGCCGAGCGGGGCUGUAGAGGUGGGAGCGCGAGCAGCGAGAAGCUCGAGAGGAGAAACCCGCACGCUCAGCCGCCGAGGAGGAGAGAAAAAACACAUAGACUCUCUCACUCGCUCACACACACACACACACCACACACACACACACACACCACACACACAUACACACACACACACGCACGCACAGACACAUACACACAAAAGUACUCCUCGCUCGCGCUGCUUCAUCACGCUCUUUUUCCUCGCGCGUCUCGCCUAGAGGGAUCCUCUCUUUCUCUCUCUUUCUGUCCCUCGCACACUCGCUUUCUGGACGCCGCUCGGCUCGGACACACACUCGCCGCUCCGGCCUGCCUUGUUCAUAGGUUGCGGAUGUGAAGAUGUGGAUGAGGCCUAAAGUCUAGAGCCAGGUCAAGGGUGCUGGAGGCCUGCCUGCCAUUGGCUGGCCAGUCUGUGGGUCGGAGAGGAGGCUCCACCCUCACCUGGUUACUGAGUGAACUGAGAGUGCUGCCUGGCUCCUACACGUGCCAGUCCCCCUGUCCCCCCCCCAACCCCGCCCCCCUUACCCACGCACACACCCCGUGGCUGGACCAUGUCUGGCGGACGGCCGGAGGGCAGCCGGACACCCGAGCCCCAGGAUAAGGACAAGGAGCGGGACCAGCGCAGCUGCAGGGAGGACAGCCCUGUCAUCGAGCGCCGCAACCGCAGCGGUAUCAUCAGCGAGCCGCUCAGCAAGAGCUUAAAAAGGUCUCGCACGCUCUCGCAGUACACCGCUGCCUGUUCGCAGGCCACGAACGGACUGAGCCACAACGUUCAGGCCAAGAGCAACCAGGCUAGCAAGGCCCAGUCUGGACAACAGCAGCAGCAACAGCAACAGCAACAACAGCAACAGCAGCAGCCAUCCACAGCCUCGGCCCUGGUGCCGGCAAAGCUGGAUCGGACCCUGGAGCAGGUGCUUGAAGGACAGAAUGGCCUGCUCCACUUUGCCCAAGCUGCUGCGCUGCUCAAGCGGGCGGGCAUGGAGCACAUGCUGCUGCCAGGGGGGAUGGGCGUAGGGGUGGGAGUGGGUAGCAUUGGGGCAGAAGCAGGAGCAGGUGACCUUGAGGGUGUGUCAGUAGCUGACGCUGUGGGAAGUCACACAGACUUCCCGUACGGCGUGGGUGGUGGCUUCCCCUUCAACCCGGGCCUCUUUAUCAUGACGCCGGCUGGAGUGUUCCUGGCCGACAGCGCGCUGCACAUGGCCGGGCUGGCCGAGUACCCGGUGCAGAGCGAGCUGGCCUCCGCCAUUAGCUCCGGGAAGAAGAAACGGAAACGCUGCGGCAUGUGCCCGCCUUGCCGGCGCAGGAUUAACUGCGAGCAGUGCAGCAGCUGCCGCAACCGCAAGACGGGUCAUCAGAUCUGCAAGUUCCGCAAGUGCGAGGAACUCAAGAAGAAACCCUCUGCUGCGCUGGAGAUAUCAGGACCCCUGCUUCCCAUCACCACUACUGUAAAGAAAUCAGAGCUGAAGGUGAUGCUGCCAACAGGUGCAGCGUUCCGGUGGUUCCAGUAGGGCCGUGACCUUUGACCUCCAGCCAAAGCUCUGCCAUCAAGUGCAAUGCCAACUCUCGCUCGGACCGCCUCCAGCACCUACACUGGCUAGCAAACAUACAAACCACAAAAAAAACAAGAAAACAAAAGAGGCAUCAGAAACUCCAAGAAAAACAUAAAGAACAAAGCAGAAACGCUACAAAGUAAUCAAUCGAGUAAUGGAUGCACCUACUUAUUCCUUGAACCAAAAAUUAAACAUAAAGAAGAAGAAAUCUAUGGCAACUUUCAUUCCCUUUUAUAUGUUUCCAUUUUGGUACCUUUUUGUCCUUUUUCCAGCAGGUUUUUUCUCUCGCUUAGACAUGGAACAGUUCAUUGCCAAACAGAAAUGACAGACUGAGUGUGGACAAUCAACAAAAUUUCUGUGUUUGGUGUUAAUGUCGUUCAUGUGUGGAAAGAUACAGUACUUGUGUAGAGAAUGUAAAUUUUACGGCUAUAUUUUAAAACUAGUGGCUCAUGGCAAGCACUAUUGUAAUUUAGCACCGUUGUUCUUACUUAAACCUCUGUAUUUUAUUGAUUGUUUCCUUUUUUUUUUAGUUUCAUUUUAAAAUUUAUAGUUUGGAAAACUGAUCAAUGUUUGUCAUUUAAGAGAAGAGGAAAUAUUUCAAGAUGUAAAAAUCCAGUUGAAUGAAAUGAAAGAACAAAUAUACGUUGAGUGCUCCAUACCCAGUGUAUAGAUGGGAUAGAUGAGGACUGAUGUUUAUGUGGAGUUGCUACUACUGGAAGCUCAUUUACCGCCAAACCAUCCAUGUCUCUUAGCCUUCUCGUCUGCGUUGUUUUAUUUUUUUCGGCUGGCAGCCUUAAGUUUCGUUACAAUGUCCCCAAAGUGCAGGAUUUACAGUUAUCCUCCUGAGCACUUGGAGACAGCACUUGCUCCACCCAAUUAAACGCACUGAAAAAGUUUUUCUUUUUUUUUCUAAUUUGUUUGUUGCUUUUUUCAUGACAUUGCCAGUAGCUACAUCUUUUAAAAACGAACAGCAAUGUUUGUACUGGAUUAGAAGUAUGAGCUGGUUUUGUGAAUAAAAACAAAUGCAUGUAUUUGUGUCAAGAAUUUACAGCUCUGACGUCUGUCUACUUGUCUACUUGCAUGUUUUUUAAGAAACAGCAGCAAACUUUAAAAAAAAAUGACAGUAUGGAAAUGUUCAUAAAUCUUAUAGGUUGUUUCCUUUUCAAUAAGGUAAAAUAAAAAGCGAUUGGACAAGAAACAUAA